CCACAAUCAUGUUCAUGCGGGAUUUCCUCUCACAUCAGUGACACUUGGCGUCCUGUAUGAGUUUUUUUUUUUUACCCGUGACAAGCAGGUCUCAUCGUUUUGAGGGACUUUGGAGAUCUUUGGACACUUGGAGAUCUUUGCGCAGGAGCGCAGUAAACUCAUCUGAACACCAGCCAGAGGAUUUUAUAUCACUAGAGUUUCAUCCACUCACUCAUCUGCAUGAAUCUCCUAGAUUCCUACCUGAAGAUGAGCGACGAGCAGGACAAGAGUCUCUCCGACGCGCCCAGCCCGAGCAUGUCCGAGGAUUCGGCCGGCUCUCCGUGUCCGUCAGGAUCGGGCUCCGACACCGAGAACACCCGACCCGAGCAGAACCUCCGCGAGUAUCAGAAGGACGAGGAGAACAAGUUCCCCGUGUGUAUCCGGGACGCGGUUUCGCAGGUUCUGAAGGGCUAUGAUUGGACCCUGGUGCCCAUGCCGGUCCGCGUGAACGGCUCCAGUAAGAGCAAACCGCAUGUGAAGAGACCCAUGAACGCGUUUAUGGUUUGGGCUCAAGCCGCGCGGAGGAAACUGGCGGACCAGUAUCCGCAUCUGCACAACGCCGAACUCAGUAAAACACUCGGGAAACUCUGGAGGUUAUUGAAUGAGGGAGAGAAGCGUCCAUUUGUGGAGGAGGCCGAGCGCUUGAGGGUCCAGCACAAGAAAGACCACCCCGACUACAAGUACCAGCCCAGACGGAGAAAAUCUGUGAAGAAUGGCCAAAGUGAAUCUGAGGACGGAGAACAGACCCACAUCUCACCCAACGCCAUCUUCAAAGCCCUGCAGCAGGCCGACUCUCCUGCGUCCAGCAUGGGUGAUGUGCAUUCCCCAGGAGACCACUCAGGCCAAUCCCAAGGCCCACCCACGCCUCCCACAACCCCCAAAACAGACCAGCCAUCCAGCAAAGCAGAUUUAAAGCGUGAAGGCCGCCCUCUGCAAGAGGGCAUCGACUUUGGGGCUGUAGAUAUCGGUGAGCUGAGCAGCGACGUCAUCUCCAACAUGGAGCCGUUUGAUGUCAAUGAGUUUGACCAGUACCUGCCUCCACAUGGACACCCAGGGAUGGCGGCUGCCAAUGGUGCCCAGGUGUACUCCAACGGCUAUGGGCUCAAUAGUCAAGUGGGAGGAGUUCCAGCACACAGCUGGGUCUCCAAACAACAGCAGCAGCAGCAGCACUCGUUGAGCACAAUGGCCAACGGCAGCGAGCAGGGCCAAAGCCAGCAGAGAACCCAAAUCAAGACAGAGCAGUUGAGUCCGAGCCACUACAGUGAGCAGCAGGGCUCACCGCAGCACGUCACCUACGGCUCCUUCAACCUGCAGCACUACAGCACCUCAUACCCCUCCAUCUCCCGCACGCAGUACGAAUACACAGACCACCAAAAUCCCUCUAACUCAUACUACAGUCAUGCCACAGGGCAGAGCUCCGGUCUCUACCCCACCUUCAGCUACAUGAGUCCCAGCCAGAGGCCCAUGUACACCCAGAUCGCAGAUACGACGCACAGUCCACAGCACUGGGAGCAACAGCCGGUCUACACCCAACUUUCCAGACCAUAAGAGACUCCAAUCCAGAUAGCCCGUUUCUCUGGAAAAUGCUGGAGUUCUUUAAACAUACUGGAACGAAUGGAACGGCUCCUGACAGUGCCUUUUAUAAAUUGCUUGGAAUUGUGAUUAUAUUUUUCUAGAUAUAAUGAAGCAAAAGAGAAAUCCUCUGUGAGGACAUAUUCAAUAUAAUUAUUUUAGUAUGUACUGUGUAUGUGUUACCUGUUUUCUCAGUUUGUUUGAUUUGGGGAUUUAUACAUUUGCAUAGGGAGAAUAAACAGUGUUCUCCCUUUUCACUGAUGUUAUUUUUGUAGAGACAGUAGAAAAUUACAACUUUAACUCUCCUGAUAUUUUUCUCUUAAUUGUGUAUAUAUAUACUAUAUGUUUGGGGGUCUCCUAUGAACAUUAUGAAUUGGGAAAAUGUGAGUUAGUUUGUGGUAAUUGUUCAAUUGACUGCACAAACAGAUGUAUAGUCUAUAUUGUAAUACUUCUAUAGUCUGUGCCUAAGUUUAGCCACAGGUGUCUUGUCAGAGUUGCCAUAUCCAUCUGUGCCUAGAGAUCUCACCCUCUGUCUUACCGCUGAAGGAGGAACAGGAAGUGCCCUUUGACCUGAGCCUCCUUUGUAGGUCAUUAUUGGUCAAAUUGUCAUUCCUACUGCAGCCAUCGGAUCUUAACAUCUUUAAUUUAUUCAUUAGUAUUAAUUUUACUUGAAAGUUAUACUAUUUGUGUUUUAUCAUUUACUUUGGCUAAUUUGUGAUAAAAAGCUUAAUGUUUUACUGAGAUGAUUACUAUUUAGUUGUAGUGCAAACUUUAACCAUCUCCUUUAUUUAUCAUGUGUAAAUGUUUCCAUUGAAAAUGUUCUUUUGAUAAUCUAGUUGAGUACAGAUGACUUAUAAUUGUGAUGAAACUUGAUCAAAUGUUUAAAAACAAACAACUGGAACUUAUCUCUUUAUUUUUAAUUUUUAUUUUAUUUCAUCCGAAAAGAAAAUGUUGACUUCUGCAGGCUGUUGGUAAUAAGAUAUGUCCUCUCUAUAAAAACACCAGCAUUGUAUUGUAAAAAAAAAAAAAAAAAAAAACAA